AUACGUUCAUAAAUAAAACGUCAAAAAAUAUUGACAAAUAAAACUUAACCUAACAUAUAAAUUUUUUUCCAAUAAAUCAUGGACCAAAAUCAAGAAAUAAUCAAAGAAUAUAAACAACAAUUAAUCCAAAUAAACGCUGCAAUAUCAAAUUCAACAUCACAAGAAGAAAUCGAUUCUUUAAUAAGUUUAAAAACCGAUAUCCAACAAUUAUUAUCAUUAACAGACGAUUCAAACUCCAAUCAAACCGAAUUAGAAGAUGAAUACGCAAAUUUUAUGGCUGAAAUGGCAAAAGAAGGUGCUUAUGGUGGUGAACCAAAAAGUGAGGUUAACUUAGAAGAGAUUAAUAAAUUAAAGAGUGAAUUAGAAGGAAUGAAAUGUAAAGCCCCACAUAAACAUUCUUGGGGUGAAAUAAUGUAUCACAAUGCAAUGAUUAGUUCAGUUUUGUAUGACGAAGAAAUUAAAGUUAAGGUUAUGUUUUUAAACCCCACUCAUUUAGAAAUGUUACCGUGUCCGUAUUUCUUGGAGACUGAAUGCAAAUUUUCUGAAGAGAAAUGUAGAUUUUCCCAUGGCGAAAUAGUUCCAUACUCAGAAAUUAAAAGUUAUUUAGAACCAAAAUUUGAAAAUGUUAAAAUCGGAACAAAAAUCUUAGCUAAGAAAAGUAAUAAACUUUGGUAUCGAGGUCAUGUAAAAAAGAUAUAUGAUGGAAAGUGUUUCGUUGGAUUUGAUUCAAAAGAAAAAGACUUAGAAGUUGAAUUUAAAGAUUUAUUACCUUUAGAUAGCAACAAAAAUGAUGAAUUUAGUGAUAGUGAUGGUACAGAAAGUGAAAGUGAUGAUUUAGAGGUUAAAAACGAUGAAAAAGAUGAUAAAAGUGAGAUUAUAAAUAUGAGUUUAAUGUUGAAACCUACAGAAGAGGCUUUGGGGAGCUGGGAAAAGUAUACAAGAGGAAUCGGGGGGAAAUUAAUGUCUAAAAUGGGUUAUAUCAUAGGAUCUGGGUUAGGAAAAUAUUCUAAUGGGCGUUUAGAACCUGUUUCAGCAGUUAUUUUACCACCCGGAAAAUCUUUAGAUCAUUGUAUGCAUCUAAGGGAAAAAUCUGGUGGCGAUAAAAAUUUAUUUAGCGUUGAAAGAAAAAUGAAACGAUUACAAAAAAGGCAAGAAAAAAUUAAUGAAAAACUCUAUGAAAAAGAAAAAAAUAAAACUAACGUUUUUGAUUUUUUAAAUGACACAUUAACGUUAACAAAAAAUGUUAAUCAAAAUAAUGUACAAAAUGGGAACGUUAAAGGCAAUCAAAGUUUUCGGGAUGAAAUUAAAGGUGAAACAUCGAGAAGUUUAAAUGUGUCCAUAUUAAAAAUCGAAGAAGAAGUGAAACGCAUUGAACGGGAAUUGUUUAAAAUAAAAGAUUCGUUAACGCGGCAUCAAAGAGGAAGUCAGAUUUAUAAAAGUUUGAAGAUGAAACAACAUCAUUGUUUACAUCAAAUCCAAGUUUUAGAAGAGAGGAAAAAAAAUAUUAAAUGUGAACAGAGCGUUAGAAGUGAUAAGAAGAAACUGACGAUUUUUUAAGUUUUUUUUUCUCUUUACGUAUUAAAAGGUACCAAGCUAAAGGUCAGUAUUUGAGCAAGAUGGUCUCCAAGGUGAAAAUUUACUGUUUCCAACUUAAGAACUAAUAAGAAUUUGUCAGUAAAAAUAUUAUCAACACAUCUCUUACCCCCAAGCCGGAAAGCUUCACAACAUAACGGGUAAAAAAUUCGCUCAUUGUUAUAAUAAGAUCAUUCUUUAAAGUUGUAUUUUCAUUUAUACAAAGAUUGAAAUCACCCAUAAUAAAUAUUCUUUUAUUCAA